GUCGCCCGGCCGGCUGUCGCGGCCUUGUCCAGCUGUGAGAGACGCACACCGCGCACCCACCGGCGCCCCCAAUGGACCCCGCGGAUCCGGUCGCUGUCAGCCUCCUCCGCAAUCCAAAUGUCCAAUUGACGCACCACCUCGAUCCGUACCGUCGAUUGCACCAGUAAUCCGCAAUUCCGCAUCAUGCCGUACAAGGGGAGCUGUACGUCGGAAGCGAGAGGCCAUCGGCGGGCAUUAAACAAUGGGCAUUUGUUUGGGUUGGAGGGGGUUUUGAGAGAGGGAAUGGGUUAGGUGAGUGCUGUUCCUGCCCCCAAGCCGACGACUUUCGUCCUCGAUGCUUGCGUCGCAUCUCGAAUACACCGAGUGUACGUUGGGAGAAGUACAGAUAUGCAGAGGGAUCGCGGAGUUGACCCGUAUUGCAUGCAGGCAGCUGCUGCUUUUCUUGCGGCAACCGGAGCUGGUGCUGGCCUCGCCAGGUUCAGGUUAAUGGUCAACCACCACCACCACUAGUUGCGCUACUGAGACAGAGCAAUGGAGGAGGGGGCGAAGAUCGGGAGGGAGCACGAGCAGCAGCAGCAGCAGCACGGGAGGGUGAACGGUAGCGGGAGGGUCGCGGCCGUCGGUGGCGGCAGCGGCGGUGGCGGGGACGAGAUUGAGAUUGAGGUCGCCGCAGCCGCAGGGGCUUCGCCGUCGCGGCAACACGGCGGUCUGCACGGCGAUGUCCAGGCACCCACUUGGAAGAGAUUUCUUGCACAUGUUGGUCCUGGAUUUGUUAUCUCCAUCGCAUACCUUGAUCCUAGUAACUUGCAGACUGAUUUGGUAGCUGGAUCCAGCCACAGAUAUUCGUUGCUAUGGGUACUCCUAUUUGGGUUCAUAUUUGUGUUGACUGUACAAUCAUUGGCAGCAAAUUUGGGUAUCAUUACAGGAAGGCACCUCGCUGAGUUGUGCAUGGGUGAAUAUCCAAAGUAUGUCAAGUACUGCCUAUGGUUACUAGCAGAGCUUGGUGUUAUUGCUGCCACUAUACCAGGAGUUUUAGGAACUGCUUUAGCCUACAACAUGCUACUCCACAUCCCUUUCUGGGCCGGUGUCCUAGCAUGUGGGGCAUGCACUUUCCUAAUUCUCGGGUUACAAGGAUAUGGGGCUCGGAAAAUGGAGUUCACUAUAUCAGUUCUUAUGUUGGUGAUGGCUACUUGCUUUUUUAUGGAACUUGGCAAAGUUAAUCCUCCUGCUGGUGGGGUAAUUGAGGGGCUUUUUAUCCCAAGGCCCAAAGGGGAUUAUUCUACUUCAGAUGCGGUUGCUAUGUUUGGUUCUCUUGUUGUUCCGCAUAAUCUCUUCCUACAUUCUUCUUUGGUGCUAACGAGAAAAAUGCCAUAUACUUCCAAAGGACGCAAGGAUGCUUCUACAUUCUUCUUGCUUGAGAAUGCAUUAGCUCUGUUCAUUGCACUACUUGUAAAUGUCGCUAUUGUAUCAAUAUCUGGUACUAUAUGUGCCAACAAUCUCUCAUUUGCCGACACAAGCACGUGCAGCAGUCUAACAUUGAAUUCAACUUAUGUACUACUCAAGAAUAUUUUGGGAAAAUCAAGUUCAACUGUGUAUGGUGUGGCCUUAUUAGUUUCUGGACAGAGCUGCAUGGUGGCUACGAGUUAUGCUGGCCAAUACAUCAUGCAGGGCUUCUCCGGAAUGAGAAAGUGCAUCAUAUAUCUUGUUGCUCCUUGUUUCACCUUAUUACCUAGUUUGAUAAUUUGCAGCAUUGGUGGUACUUUACGAGUGCAUCGAAUUAUCAACAUAGCUGCGAUUGUACUAUCAUUUGUGCUGCCGUUUGCUCUAAUUCCACUCAUUAAAUUCAGUAGCAGCUGCACAAAUAUAGGACCAUACAAGAAUGCAACAUCUAUUAUCCGAAUCGCGUGGAUACUGUCAUUGGUGAUUAUUGGAAUCAAUAUUUAUUUCUUCUGUACUAGCUUUGUCGCUUGGCUUGUUCAUAGCGACCUUCCAAGGGUUGUUAAUGCAAUAAUUAGCAGCCUUGUUUUCCCUUUCAUGGCAGCCUAUAUUGCUGCUCUGAUCUACUUGGCUUUCAGAAAAGUUAACCUUUCAGAUCCAUUCCCCACCAAUUCAGUUUCUGGUGAGAUUGAAGUUCAACACAUACAAAUACAAGAGAAGCAGGAAGAUUUAGGUGUACAUUUAUGAAUAGAAAAGGUAACACCGUCCAUGUGAUUCUUCUCUGGACAUGCAUCAAGUAUUUAGCAUAUACUGAAAUUGGGACUUCAAUUCAUUUGAAGAUGUAUAUAGCUCAAAGCCUCGAAAUCAUUUAGAAACAUUCUAGCUAGCAACCGUAUGUUCAGUACAAUUAGGCAUAUAGCAAAACUUUUCUAGUCAUAGGUGUUGUCCUUUCGUUAAUUGCUCAUCAAAUAAAAUUCUCUUCCACGCCAUAGAUUCAAAUGUGUGACGAACUUUACUAUAGGUAUAUGGCAAAAUGCAUGGAACAAUGGUCAGAUGCCCUGUUUUGCAAAUAUGUUUUUUAACAUAAUGGAAUUCAUUCUGGCCUUUACUU